CCCGGACAUUCUUUUGCAGCUCCCUCACUCAGGCGGCGUGACUCUUAUCGCCCCGUCGAACGAAGCCUUCAACAAGACCCAAUCCUUAAACCUGGAAGACUCCAACCUUAUCACCUCCCUCCUCCAAUACCAUAUUCUCCCCCUCUCAGUCAACGUCUCCUCUCUCGAACCCGGACCAUCCUACCUCUUCCCCACCCUCCUCACCUCCUCCAACUACACAAACGUCACCGCAGCCAAAACAUCCUCCUUUCCCGCCAGCACGACGACACAACCGUCGUCACCUCCGGCCUCGGCACCCGCUCCACUUUCUUCGAGUCCCCCGAUCAAGACAUCCCCUUCACAGGCGGCUUCAUCCAGAUAGUCGACACCCUUCUCGUCCCCCCCUCCCGGCUAGAAAUCACCGCCCGAGACGCCUACAAAGACCUCACCUCCUUUUUGGGGGCUCUCUACAAGUCCGGCCUAUCGCCCGCCCUCUCGUCCCAAAAAGACAUCACCAUCCUCGCCCCCCGCAACGCCGCCUUCCAGUCCAUCGCCUCCGCCCUCGACCCCCUGUCCAGGGAGGACCUCGCCACCGUCCUCAAGUACCACAUCAUCCCCGACAAAGUCCUCUCCUCCUCUGACCUGUCUGCCCUCGGCAACUCGACCGGUUCGUCCCUGGCAACGCUCCUCGGCGCCGACAGCAGGGCAAGCAAAGUCACCGUCUCCAGAGCAGGCAACAACAUCUUCUUCAACUCGGCGCAGCUCCUCCAGUCGGAUAUCUUGCUCGCCAACGGGGUCAUCCACAUCAUCGACAAUGUCCUGAAUCCGGAUGAGUUCGCCGAGGUGCCCGACCUGGAAGCCAAAUCCCAAACCCCCGUGUUCCAGGUCAGCAAGGGCGCCGAGACGCGUACGGGGACGAGGGUGCCGGCGCCGUUUACCACCUGGCUGCCCUGCACCACUGACUGUCCUGAGCCGACUGUGGACGCAAACACACAAAGGACGGCGACGACAACUGGAAGAAACGGAGUGAACAGCCAGACUAGCAGUGGAAUGGGUGCCCAAGUGACGGCUGUAGCAGGCAUCUUGGGCGCCGUGGGCGUGGGCGUGAUUGGAAUGGGGGUAAUGUGA